GAUGUUGUAAUAGCGACCACCUUUUCCUUCUGGAGUCAUGGACUGCAUUUUACCUAGAACUUAAGAACUUGGUGCUCUAUUUCUAAGUGGAAUAGAAGCAGCCCUUAAUCCCUAUUUAUUACAAUAGAAUCAAAUAGGCGCAAUACUUACUGUUGGAUCAGAAAUGGCCAAUUUGUAAUUCUAAGAUGCAAAUCAUAAAGUAUCUAAAUGUCAUAUGUUAGAUUCUCUAUUUGAAUGAUACAAGUCAUGAUCCCAUUAAAAAGUAUUUUGAUGAAUCUAUUUAAUUCAUUCAAGAGAACAGAUAAAGAUGCAAUGUUUUAGUGCAUUGUUAUGUAGGGGUCAGUAGAAGUGCUACCAUUAUCAUAGCAUAUUUAAUGCAAAUUUGCAAUUUCCCUUUCUAGAAAUCUCUUCAACAUUUAAUAUAAGUUAGACCUUUAAUAAAUCCUAAUCCAGGUAUAAAUGCAUCUUAUUAGGCUUUAUGCAAUAGUUAUAAAGUUUUGAUCAAGAAUUACUAAUAAAAAGAUUAAGUUAGAUUAGGCCUCCCUCUGUAGAAAUACAACGACCCAUAUCUGUACAUGGCUAGAGAAGAGAAUAAUUGAGUUCUCAUCGAUCAACAGGACUUCCUCAAAGUCCUUUAAAAAAAGUAAAUGCUCUUGGUUAAGUGAACCAAAGAUCUUUAAUGAUGACUCCAAUGUCAAUAAGAAAAGUAGAGAGUAAUCAUUUUAGACAGGGAACUCCAUUAAAAUUGAAAGAUAAUUUUUGUAAAAGCUUGAACUCUUCAAUAAAUAGUCAUGAUUUUAGAAAAGUUCUUUAAUAAUGUAAUUAAUUUCACAGUGCUAAAAAAUCAACAAAUGAUGGGAAUAUGAUAAAAUAGGCUGCUAUAUUUUGUAAGACUUACUCAAAUAAUUAAAAUCAUUUAAGCUAGGUGAAUUUACUAUUAAAAACUCCAGGAUCUGGAUUAGGCAUUUAAUCUAAGAGCAAAGUACCCUUAAAAAUUAAAGGGUCAAUCAUAUAAGAGUAAUACUGA